GCGGCAGCGGCGGGCGCAGCCAUGGCGGGCUGCUGCUCGGUACUGGGGGCCUUCCUGUUCGAGUACGACACGCCGCGCAUCGUGCUCAUCCGCAGCCGUAAAGUCGGGCUCAUGAACCGGGCAGUGCAGCUGCUCAUCCUGGCCUACGUCAUCGGGUGGGUGUUUGUGUGGGAAAAGGGCUACCAGGAAAUGGACUCUGUUGUCAGCUCAGUUACAACCAAAGCCAAGGGCGUGACUGUGACCAACACUUCUAACCUGGGAUUCCGGAUCUGGGAUGUGGCCGAUUAUGUGAUUCCAGCUCAGGAGGAAAACUCCCUCUUCAUCAUGACCAACAUGAUCAUCACCUUGAACCAGACCCAGGGCCGCUGUCCUGAGAUUCCAGAUAAGACCACUGUGUGUAAGUCAGAUGCUAACUGUGCUGCUGGCUCUACAGGCACCCACAGCAAUGGAGUUGCAACAGGAAAAUGCGUGCAGUUCAACGGGACUGUGAAGACGUGCGAGGUGCAAGCCUGGUGCCCAGUGGAGGAUGACACAGAUGUGCCCAAACCUGCUUUUUUAAAGGCUGCAGAAAACUUCACCCUUUUGGUUAAGAACAACAUCUGGUAUCCCAAAUUUAAUUUCAGCAAGAGGAAUAUUCUUCCCAACAUCACCACCACCUACCUCAAAUCAUGCAUUUAUGAUGCAAUAACCGAUCCUUUCUGCCCCAUAUUCCGUCUUGGCAAAAUAGUGGAGGCGGCAGGGCACAGCUUCCAGGACAUGGCCGUGGAGGGAGGCAUCAUGGGUAUCCAGAUCAAAUGGGACUGCAACCUGGACAUAGCUGCCGCCUCCUGCCUGCCCAAGUAUUCCUUCCGCCGCCUGGACACCCGGGACAUGGACCACAACGUGUCCCCCGGCUACAAUUUCAGGUUCGCCAAGUACUACAAUGACCUGACGGGCGCCGAGCACCGCACGCUCAUCAAGGCCUACGGCAUCCGCUUUGACAUCAUUGUGUUCGGAAAGGCUGGGAAAUUUGACAUCAUCCCAACCAUGAUCAAUAUUGGCUCCGGCUUGGCGCUCUUUGGGGUGGCGACGGUACUGUGUGACGUCAUAGUCCUCUACUGCAUGAAGAAACGAUACUACUAUCGGGAGAAGAAAUACAAAUAUGUGGAAGAUUAUGAGCAGGGCCUUGGCAGUGAGAUGGACCGGUGAUGCCGACCCCACACCUGGGCUCCCCACGGCCCUCAUCAAAGCAAAGUGGAGAGCAGAGAGAAGGGAGAAAAGGCUGCCAUGGCACCCCAGAGAAAGUUCCAGAUUGAGUCAGUCUCCACUCCACAAGCACUUCUGGGUUGCCCAGCUCUUCCUAUGUUUGUGUUGUAGGAUUUGUAUAGGAAAGCGCUCUGCAGCGGGUUACUGGUCUGUCCUUGGCUGGGUCACCUCUGUUGUUUCUUCAACUUAGGGUCCUUCCGGUGCGCUACAGCCCAAGGGCAGUGGCUGCUGUGGCUGCAGGGCUGGGGCCUUCUCCAGGGCCGGCUUUCCUCAAGCUCCCCUCUACAGCCCCCUGCAAGACAGACCGAGCAGCUCCGACCCAGUGCUUCAUACAGAAAGCAAGGACACUUGGGUGUGGUCACUAGUUUUGCAGCUGCAAAACGGGCUGCUGUUCCUUUCCCCCCAACCAGAGACUGUCCAUGAGGCAGAGUUAGUGUUUCUCUUUUGAGAAGAGCUAUGUUGAGAUGACAGAGGACCAAACAUUAAACGAUUUUCUUCAUCUU